UUCGUGCGUCGAGUUGUGUCUGUUCCGUGGUUCGUUGGUGCUUUGAAAAGCUUUCGACCGCGUAGGUUCGCUCGAUUUGGUCGGCGUGUGCAACGAUGCUACGCAGUGCCUAGGCUUGUGGAAUGCAAUCUCACUACGAAUGAAAAGUGGAUCGUGGAAUGUUAGAACCAACCGGUCGUCGGUACUUUGUUUAGAACAGCGCGCACGUGUGAUUUGGAUGGUUGAAGGAAAAGACGGGUGAAUUAGAGUUUUCCGGUUCGGGCUGCGGUGGAAAAUCGCGUGAGUCGGUCGUUUGUGUGUUGUUUGCGUGACCGGUAUUGGAUUUCUGUUUCAGAAUCGAACCUGAAGAAAACUGUGAAGUAAUGCAAAGCGGAAAACCCACCAACUGGGAAUUUAACAAGUGAGCAACAAACAAGAAAGUGAUAAAUUGCUUACAAGAGUGAAACUAAUUAAGCUGCAUCCGGAAUUUCCAAGAGAGUUUUCAUGCCUUACCGGUGACCAGUGCGAAGUCCUUGAUGGAUUUUAAACGACAUAUUUAGAUAUCAAGUGAGAAGCUGACAGUGCAGUAGUGUGAAUCAUUCGUGUUUUCUUUUUAAUUAGACGAAGCAGUGAAGUGUUGUGAGCAACACUCUGUCCAAUUGUACAAUGGACGUCAAAUCACUGUCUGAUGUACAGAAGCAAAUUUUUCAGAACUUGGUUGAGAAGCUGAUCGCACGCAACAAAUUUCCCCCGAACGAGGCGGAGGAUGUGCAAAAGCUGCUAGAGAAUAUGCGUGAUGCGAAGAAUUUCCACAAAAUUAUGGAAAAGUUGAAAGAGUGCGGUCAGCUGGACCUGGACAUCGAGGAAAACUUCCGGGAAGAGAAUGGAUUUUUCCUCAAAGACACCGCCAAAAAGUUCGGACCCGGCGGCCAAACGCUCACCCCACGGCACACCAUCGACGCAAUACUAGGUUUGAAUAAUUGUGAAAAUGGAGGUGACUCCAGUGACGCCACCGACCUAAGUGCAUCGCCGCUCGGCCACAUCAAGGUUUGCGACCAGCAACAGAUGCUCGCCAAAAGCACCACUCCCUUAACGAACCAAUACCUUGGCAGCCCCUCGCCGGACAAGUUCCAGCAGCUGGCCAACUACCAGAAUCACAUGAAGAGCCUCGACUUCGCUGCCUCGUUGGACUCGGCAGCCCUGGCGGCAGCCGCCGGUCAUCAUCAGCCUCAUCACCCUGCGCUACAUCCUCAGCAUAAUGCACUGCCUUCGCAUGCCGAGCUCGAGUACAUGAAAUCGCUGAAGGAAAACAACAAAUAUUUUAUAGAUAGGAACUACCGGGCCUCGCUCGGCUACGGCAAUAGCAAGUACGGUGGCGGUGGAGGUCCCGGUUCGGAAGAUGGAAGCAGCACGUUGAACGACUAUGAGGAUGACCUGUCUUCUCCGACAGGGGUUCUGGCAACGAGCGGAGGAAGCCUAAAGCGCAAGUACUCAGACAACGACGAUCACCUGCUGGACGGGAACAGCGGAGGAGCGGGUAGUGGCGCGGAUAGCAAUCAGGUCGAGGGUUCCAUUAACAAAUACAGCAAGCUGCAUGACUCAGCUGAUAAAUCAAUUAAGGCUAAUAGUUUCGAUUAUAUGAAGAGUUUCGAUGAUUUACGAACACGACAGGCGGCGUACGAAGCCGAGCAACAGCUCCAGCAGCAUCACCACCAACAACAGCAGCAACAACACCAUCAACUUCAUCAACAAGCGCUUCAUCAUCACCAUCAGCAGCAGCAAGCGCAACAUCAGCAGCAUAACACUCAAUCGCAGCAUCCACUCCAACAGCAACCGCCCCCUCAUCAACAACAGCAACAGCAGCCACAUCUUGCCUCGGGGUCCUCGUCGGUGCAUGGUCCAUCGGCGCUGGCCGCCGGCGAGCACAGAACCGAUGAUUAUAGGCUUGGUGCCGUGAGUGGCGGACCCGGUGGCGGCGGCGGAGGUGGUGGUGGCGGCAGCCUCCAGGAAGGCGGUCCGGAUAAAUUGGGUGAGGACGGCGGUAUCAGUUAUGCUUCCAGCGAGGAGUUGAACCAAACGACACCGAGCGAGCAGGGCGAGAAAAUGGGCUCCGGAAGCGACGAUGAAGGCGGCGAAGAUGGCUGUUCGAAAAAGAAACACCGCCGCAACCGUACCACCUUCACCACCUACCAGCUGCACGAGCUGGAACGAGCCUUCGAAAAAUCCCACUACCCGGAUGUUUACUCGCGGGAGGAGCUGGCGAUGAAAGUUAAUCUACCGGAGGUUCGAGUUCAGGUUUGGUUCCAGAACCGAAGGGCAAAAUGGCGCCGCCAGGAAAAGUCGGAAAGCUUGAGGCUAGGACUGUCCCACUUCUCGCAGCUACCGCACCGGUUAUCCUGCAAUGGAGCGAAUCUCCCCGUGGACCCGUGGCUGUCACCUCCGCUGCUGUCAGCCCUACCCGGUUUCCUGUCGCAUCCUCAGGGUGUCUACCCGAGCUACCUAACGCCACCCCUAAGCCUGAAUCCGUCCAACCUGGGCAUGACCAAUCUGGGCCUGGGGCACCCGAACGGGCCACAAAACCUCAGAAUAUCACCGCAGAGUAUGGCCGCCAUGCAGCAGCAAAUGAGCGGCCACAGCAUGCGCCUUUCUCCGCCUCAUCCCAACGGUGCUAUCGCCCCGCAGAACCUCUCGAUGGCACCGCAGCAGCCGCUUACGCCCCGCCACUCGCCACUUGGUGGUGGUCCAGCAGUGGGCCUCGGAGCCCCUGGACAAACCCAUCCGUCCCAGCCACCAACCCAGCUUGGCUCUGUAAAUAUACCCAUAACAUCACCCCAAAACCUUUCACUAACGCCACCUGGUUUAAGAUCGCCGCAAAGUUUAAGUAGCAGUAGCGCUUCGAACAACAACAACAACAACCCGCUUACGGGCCAUCCCCUAAGUCCCAACUCUUCGGCCGCCUCGUCACCCACCUCAUCGACGGGAUUGAAAAUGACCAAGCUGGCCAGUUUGGACCAUCAACCCUUACAGGAUUGCGGAAGCCCCCUGGAUGGCAGUAGUGCCCUAGAGCAACAGCAACAUCGUCUUCUGGGGGCUGCUCUCAGUGGGGCUCAAGAUGGCACCGGCGGUGGUGCAGGUUCGACCGGAACUGCCCUCAAUAUGACUGUGAAUCACUCCACCGACAUGCGGACCAACUCGAUAGCGACCCUGCGUAUCAAAGCCAAGGAACACUUGGAGAACAUCAACAAGGGCAUGACUACGAUGGUAUAAUACCCAGUCUCGGUUGGUGAUUCCAAUAAUGACGGUGAAAAAGUUUCCUAUCGUGCGCUAGUAGAGGUAAACCUUACUCCCUACUGCUCCUAGCUAAGUUCAAACCAUUAAACUACCACUGUAUAGCAACAAAAUAUCGCAAAAUGAUCUCCCCGACGAUGGAAGUACUAAAAUAGAUAAUGACUAAUGAGGCAUUUUAUUAAUAAAUUAUUUUCUAAUAAACUCAACUGUAAAUAGCAUCCCCGCACAAGGCUAUCGCUCUUAUAGAUGUAGAUUUGAACCCAAAAGAACGCAAGUAAUUUAGGAUUAAAGUUAACAAAGUGCUAUCUGCGUUGAUGUACAUAUACGAAUACAGCAGGCAAAAGCAAAAUCUUCCUGUUUUGGACAUUUGUAAUGAUAUUAUAGAAAUUAUGCGACGUAAACCAGUGAUGAAGAGCAAAGCAGUUGUACAUACCAACAUAGUGCUAUUAGUUUAAUUUAACAUUUAGGAUUGAGCAGGCAGCUGAAAAUUUGUUUCCUUGUUUUAGUAAGAAAAAUGUAAAAAUGUGAAUUGAACGCAAUGCAAGAAGAGUUUCGCGAAUAGGCUGUAAGAAAUGCUCCCAUUAAAUAAAUCUUAAAAUUGCAAGAACAUAUGAAAA